CACACAUGCACGCACAAGUGAGGGAAUUGAAAGCGUGCACUCUCAUCAUCAAUAUCCUCCAAGAAAAACACACACAAACAGCGAGGAAGACAACAACGAAGGAAGGACAGCACCUGCACGCACAAGGCGAUGGAGUUGGUUGAGUAUCGGCAGUGCUGGCAGGGUGGCCCAGGGCUGGAUGACGCGUUCCGGCGAGUGGAGAAGGGGGUCAAGGCACACAUCUCCCAGCUUGAUGCCCUGGAUGCCGCCAUCAGCAAAGUCAUCGCAGCAGAGAGCUGCAGCAGGCGUACGAGUCCGUGUCAAAGGUCUUCUUGCAUGUCGGUGAAGCCUUGGACAAGGAUACCGCACACGCAAACUCCCUUCAGCUUGGCGAUGCGUGCCGUGAGCUGGCAGACGUCGCACGCACGGCGCAGCAAGGGCGUAAGAUGCACGUGCACAUGCUUGCAAGCAAGGUGCUCAAGGGCAUCAACGAAGAGCGAACACAGCUGCAGGAGCAAGGCAAGGUGCUGCGCGAGGAGCGCAAGCAAACCCAGGACAAGUACUUCUCCCAGCUUGACAAGUUUCUUGGCGCGUCGGCCCGCAAGAGCGACGCGGAGCUGAGCGACCACGAGGCCAAAGUUGCCUCCCUCAGGCAGUCAUGGGCGCGGUCGUGCAUGCACUAUGCGCAGUACCUCAACCUCUUCCAGCUGUCAAAGGGCGUCAUCGCCGGACAUGUUGUUGGCUUCAUGCAGUCGAUGGCCACGGUGAGCAGCGAGUGUCGUGCUGCGCUCUCGGACCACGAGGACGUGGUUGACACCGCUGCCAGCGCCGUCGAGUGCAUUCGCGCGGCCGGGGACGAGCAGCUUGAGAUCAGUGAGCGGCUCAUAUCGGAGACGCUUGAUCUCGAUGAUGAGUCCAUCAGCGCACCCAUCAACGGCAUCAAGCGCGGAUUCCUCCUCCUGCAGACCCGCGGCAUGCUCGGAGUCGGGAGUGCGUGGACGCGCUGCUUCUGCAUCUUCGACAAAGCUGCACACCGCUUUUUCUGCCACACCGACGACAAGGACUGCAUUGUGGUUGAGGUGGACACGUGCGUGCAGAAGUUUAGCGCAGACAUUGACCGCAAGUUUGUGUUUGAGAUUACGGGACCUGACACCAAGUUGACGCUGCAGGCAUCGAGUGACGCCGACAGGAAAGGAUGGAUUGCAGCCAUGGGCGGGCUGGCACCCGUCAAGACUGUCCGCCGAAAGAAAGGCCGCAAGCACGCAAACGAAAACACAUGGCAAACGCUGUCCCCGGAAUCUGUUGGCUUUCUGCUGAAGAUGAUGUCCCACGUGGAACGCUCGUACCUCGACUUUGAGGGUCUGUAUCGUGUGUCCGGCACGAAGACGCGGUACAUCAAGAUGUACACGGACGCGUUGCAGAAGCACAGGCUGCCAAACUUGGCGGAUGAGGACGUGACGGUGAUCACGAGCUGUCUCAAGUACUUUCUUCGCCAGCUGCCCGACCCGCUGCUCACCCGCCGCCUCUACCCAGCCUUCAUCGACGCCGUCAGAGCGGAAGAUCGCUCGAUGACAGUAUCUGGUGCUGAUGCCGGCAGCCGCCGCAGCAGCAAACCUGAGGUCUCGCCCAGGCCGCCAACAACCCCGCCACCAGAGAUGAAGCUUGCGUCAGAUGCCGCCGCGCACGUGUAUGGCAAGUUGCCACCGGCUGCAAAGACUGCCAUGCAACCACCAGCCCGCCCACCUGUACCCCCGAAACCCCAGAAGACGUGGACGGUGCGUGCGCUGUACAACUGCGACGCCGAGGACGAGGAGGAACUCACUUUCCGACGUGGCGACCUCAUCACCGACGUGGAGCCGUUUGAGGAUGAAGGGUGGUUUGUUGGGACGCUGCAAUCGACACAGCAACGAGGCCUCUUCCCCUACAACUACGUUGAAGACGUCUUCAACCCCACGGCGGCAACGCCUUCCUCACCGGGCGACAAGAACGCUGGCGACGCUGCGAUGGCCACUGGCGGCGUCGUGCAGCCACAACUGCUGGAUGAGGAGCCGCUGUAUGAGAACGCGGAGAUGGUCAAGAGCACCAGCAGCAGCGAGAUUGACCGCCGAGACGACCGAGUACAACAACAAGUUCAAGAUGUGAUCUUCCGGUGUGAGGAGGACCGCGUCACUGCGGUGACGCGCAACGUGUGCAUCAUCGCCCACGUGGACCACGGCAAGACGACGCUGGCGGACUCUGUGCUGUCGCGUGCCGGUGUCCUCAACGACGCCAAGGCGGGCAAGGCGCUCGCCCUGGACACGGAGGCCGCCGAGCAAGAGCGCGGCAUCACCAUCAAGUCCACAGGCAUCAGCCUGCACUACCCGGACUGGGCUGCCCGCGUCGGGGUGGCCCCAGGCCGCUGCCGUGACGGUGCCGUCGUUGCCCCGCCGCCCCGCAACAACGAGGAAGGCUUCCUGCGCGUCAACCUGAUUGACUGCCCGGGCCACGCCGACUUCUCGGGCGAGGUGACCACGGCCCUGCGGGUGUGCGAUGGCGCGCUUGUCAUUGUGGACUGCGUGGAGGGCGUUGGCGUGCAGACGGAGACGGUUGUGCGCCAAGCCCUUGCCGAGCACGUGCAGCCGGUCCUCUUCCUCAACAAGCUCGACCGCAUCAUCACCGAGCUCCAGGCAACCCCUGAAGACGCGUACAUGAAGGUCGCUGCGACCAUCGACAGCGUGAACGAGCUCAUUGAGACAUACCAGCCCGAGGGCGUUGACUUCACCGUGGACCCGUGCAAGGGCACCGUCGGCUUUGGCAGCGGCCUGUACGGCUGGGGGUUCACCCUGCCCCAGAUUGGCGCAGCCCUGGUGCAGAAGAAGCAGGCGGCCAAGGCAACCAAGGCAGGCACGCCCGCGCCACCGGCACCGCACCGCGCCUCGGAGGAGGUGAUGAAGCUGACCAAGCGGCUGUGGGGCGACUACUUUGUCGACCCGUCCACGGGCAAGUGGCGGCGCGACCAGGGCUUCAACGCCGACGGCAGCGCCCACCAGCGCACGUUCUGCGCCGUUGUGCUGCAGCCCAUCUACGCCGUGCACGCCGCGGAGUCGUCCGGCGACCGCGCAGCGCUGCUCAAGCUUGCAGGCACGCUCGGCGUCGCUGCCGCCAUGACGGAGACGCAGAAGCGGGAGAGCGAGCUCAAGCCCCUGCGCAAGCUGAUGAUGAAGGCCUGGCUGCCUGUUGCUGACGCCCUGCUGGCCCUCAUCGACGACCACCUUCCAUCGCCGCUUGAGGCACAGCCCGCCCGCGUCCACGCCAUCUACCAGGGCGUUGUUGACGAUGACGGCGAUAAGGCGGCUGAAGACGAACAAGACGUGAUGAGCAAAGGCGAGCGCAAUGUGGUGAGGGCCAUGCAGCACUGCGAUCCCCACGGCCCGGCCGUGGUCUUCAUCACCAAGAUGGUGCGCGUGUCCAAGCAGAGCAAGGCCAUGAUUGGCUUUGGCCGCGUCUUCUGCGGCACAGUCCGCGUUGGUGACACCCUGCACGCCCUGGACCCAGACUACACGCCGCCACGCACCAACGACGACGACGACAGCAGCAGCAGCAGCAGCAGCAGUGCAGCCAAGAGCGGCGGGCGUGUGCGCGGCGCUGUGCCCGUGUCUGUCAAGGGCCUGCGCCUGGUGAUGGCGAGCCGCAUGCAGCCGAUCAAGGAGGGGAGGGCCGGCAUGGUUGUUGGCGUGCUCGGGCUUGACGGCGCCGUGGUGAAGGCUGGCACGCUCACCUCCACGCUGGCGGCCCACCCGCUCAAGGUGCUGCGCUUCAGCGUGUCGCCCGUGGUGCGCGUGUCUGUGCGGCCGAAGAAGGAGAGCCUGGCCACCAAGCUGCAGCAGGCGAUGCAGUCGCUGCAGCAGGAGGACCCGUGCGUGCUGUGCUACACGGACAGCGCCACCGGCGAGAAGAUCCUGGCCGGGGUGGGCGAGCUGCACGUGCAGCUGUGCCUGGACGCGCUGUCCGAGGCGGUUGGCUGCAGCGUGGUGGCCACGGAGCCGGCCGUGCAGUACUGCGAGGGCGUGGCGCAGGAGAGCACGCAGGUGUGCUUGGCCAAGAGCAGCAACAAGCACAACCGGCUGUACGUGAAGGCGCGCCCUGCCAGCGACGACCUCGUAGCUGCGCUGGACGACGGCAGCGUGAGCAUGCAGAUGGACACGGCCUCCCGCACGGCGGCGCUCGUUGCCGCAGGCGCGGACCGCGCACUUGCCAAGAAGGUGGUGGCCAUGUGCGGCAGCAACGUGCUGGUUGACGAGACGGUUGGUAUGGACCUCAACCCGAUCCUGGACAUGGUGGUCACCGCCUUCAAGGACGUGUGCGCUGGCAGCGUGCUGUGCCACGAGGAGCUUCGUGGCGUGGUGUUCUCCAUCACGGAUGCACGGCUGCACCAGGACUCUGUGCACCGCCGGGUGGACCAGAUUCUGCCCAUGGCCCGGCGCGCCUUCCAUGGUGCCGUCCUCACCGCGCACCCGCGCCUCCUCCAGCCCAUCUUUGCUGUCACCAUCCAAGUCCCGCAGGAGGGCAUGGGCGGUGUUCGCCGCGUGCUCAAGGACCGCGGUGGCGCUGUUGUUGGUGAGACGGUUGUGGCCGGCACCCCGCUGCACACGGUGCGCGCGCACCUGCCUGUUGCCCGCUCCUUUGGCUUCAACAGCAACCUCAUGCGCGCCACGUCUGGCAAGGCGUUCCCCACCACCACGUUUGGCCACUGGGCCAUGGUGGAGGGCGACCCGCUCGACCCGGCCACGCCAGCUGGCCAGGCCGUCGCCGCCGUGCGCGCCCGCAAGCGCAUGACCAAACCGCACCCGCCCGCCGCCAGCGAGCUCCUCGACCGGCUCUGA